CAGCGUCCCUUCCUCCGGGCGUGGGCCCCUCGAGCCCCCAAGUCUUCCCGCGCCCAGCACGCGCUUAAGUUUUGCCUGCGGCAGGGCCCUUUAAGGGCCCUCCCGGCCUCCGCGACGCACGUGAGCUGCCUCAGGAAGCCUGCGCGGGGCAGCCUGGGCUUCUGACCGAGGAGAAACCGAGGCCGGAGAGGUUAUCAGCCUGUCCAGGAUCAGGGCCAGAUGCAGUGGCUGGAGCCUUCCAGGAAGAGGGCUCUCCAAGAACAGGGACAUGGAUAGGGCUCUAAUGAAGAGCUGACAUUUUGAGACAGAGUUUGGCUUCUGGUUUCCCUAAGAGGUCUGAGGACUGGGAGGUGCAACCUGUGCCCUGGAGCACUUGGAGCAUUUGGUCCUUGCCGCCUGGAUGCCAUGAGUUGCUAAAAGUGAGCCUGGCUUUAGAGCUGCCUUGGGGUGCGGCGUGGGGGGCACAGAGCCAUGUCGGACCUGCUACUCCUGGGCCUGAUUGGGUGCCUGACGCUGCUGCUGCUGCUGACUCUGCUGGCCUUUGCUGGGUACUCAGGGCUACUGGCUGGGGUGGCAGUGAGUGCUGGCUCACCUCCCAUCCGCAACGUCACCGUGGCCUACAAGUUCCACAUGGGGCCCUAUGGUGAGACCGGGCGGCUUUUCACAGAGAGCUGCAGCGUCUCCCCCAAGCUCCGCUCCAUUGCCGUCUACUAUGACAACCCCCAUCUGGUGCCCCCUGAGAAGUGCCGCUGUGCAGUGGGCAGCAUUCUCAGUGAAGGUGAUGAGUCGCCCUCCCCUGAGCUCAUCCGACUGUAUCAGAAAUUUGGCUUCAGGGUGUUCUCCUUCCCGGCACCCAGCCAUGUGGUGACGGCCACCUUCCCCUACACCACCACCCUGUCCAUCUGGCUGGCUACCCGCCGUGUCCAUCCUGCCCUGGACGCCUACAUCAAGGAGCGGAAGCUCUGUGCCCACCCGCGGCUGGAGAUCUACCAGGAAGACCAGAUCUAUUUCAUGUGCCCGCUGGCACGACAGGGAGACUUCUAUGUGCCUGAGGUGAAGGAGACAGAGCGGAAAAGCCGGGGGCCUGCGGAGGCUGACGACACCCAGGUGGAUGGCACAGGAGCUGACACAAUGAGUGACACGAGUUCUGUGAGCCUGGAGGUGGGUCCUGGCAGCCGGGAGACUUCAGCUGCCACCCUGUCCCCUGGGGUGAGCAGCCACGGCUGGGAUGAUGGUGACACCCGCAGUGAGCACAGCUACAGCGAGUCGGGUGCCAGUGGCUCGUCCUUUGAGGAGCUGGAUCUGGAGGGUGAGGGACCCAUGGGGGAGCCAAGGCCAAGCCUCGAGGCUGAGCCCCUGGGGGCUGCCAAGUGGUUGCGGGAGCCCAGUACCCCUGAGAAGGGCGAGGAGUAACCCGAGGCCUGCACCUUUCUAUGGUGCAAUUUCUAAGGAACUGAACAGUCUUCUGCCUCUUUCUCCUCCACCUCCUCGGCUCAGGCUGGAGACUCGGGGGGCCUAACUUCUGUCCCGGGCCUCUGGCUAAGCCUCCUCACUGCCCUCUGGGCUCCCAGGGCCAGAGGAGCCAGGACUGUUGUCUGCACCCAGCCCUUAGGGCUGCUGCCCCUGUUACAUCUUUUUUCGGAUUCACGUUGGAGCUUCCAGGACCCAGAAUAAAGCAAAUGAUUUUUCUUGUUCCA